AUGUAUUUACCUAACUCUGCUGUUCAUCUAACUAGUCCUGUUUAUACUACUACUACUACUACUACUACUACUACUACUACUACUACUACUACUACUACUACUACUACUACUACUACUACUACUACUACUACUACUACUACUACUACUACUACUACUACUACUACUACUACUACUACUACUACUACUACUACUACUACUACUACUACUACUACUACUACUACUACUACUACAACUCACACUACCACUGCUACUACUACCACUCACACUACCACUACUACAACUCCCACCACCACUGCUACUACUACUACUCACACUACUGCCUUUUGUUUUCUCGUUGUAACCACUAAAUACGUAAUGUUACAAGAUGUUUUUACAACCCUUUCUUCACUAAAAAACGUUGAAAAUAAGCUUGUCUUAACUUGUUGGUACAGGUAUUGUAAUUUAAUAGAAACUCUUCUCUUGUUAAUACUCCAUUAUUUUGUAAUUUCAAUAUAGAUAUUACUUACGGUAGAAAUGUUAGUAGUAUAGCUGAAUACUCAAUGAUAUUUUAUUACACACAGAUUAACUAUAAGUUUAUUAUGUUUUCUCUUAUAUCAUUAUGAUUACAUUUACUAUUAAAUGGUUGCGGUAAAUCAAAGCCUCAACAUCUCUACUAUAUCACAAUGCCGAUUUUCACUUCAAAGGAAAUGGAGAAUUUCUACCUAACGAGUGAACUGUACGCCCAUAAUAUAUAUAUAUAUAUGCUUGUAUGCGUAACAUUAACUACUAAUAAUAGUACAACUAACAAUGUGCUACCAAUGCAGUUUAGUAAUGUUGUUUCUAUCGUUGGUAUCACCAUUACUUUUUUUCUCUCAGUUUACAACUAGUUUUGUACAACUGGAAAACUGUUGCGGUUUUCGUCCUUUCUCACUCUUUAUGAAUUCCGUUCUGCAUGAUACAUAAACAUAUUUGUUAAUGGAGACGUGCACACACACUCAGACAUACAUACAUACACACAAAUACACAUAAAAACAUAUUCAUUUCUAUAUACUCUCACUCUUUUUCUCCACCUUUUUUUACAUAUCUUACUUUGGCGCUUUUCCUGUUAUUUAUUGCAUUGUGUUGUGUGAUUCAAAUACUGCAUAUCUAGUGAAGUCAUUACCGCUUAAAUUUGUUUGUGACAUUCAGGGGAAGUAAAGCGGGAAUCAGUACAUCUAUCUCUGCGAAUAGGAUAUUUCAACUUGUUUGUUGAAAGGUUUCAGGUUUCCAAGACAGUGAACGAUAGUGUCUUAAGGGCGAGAAAAAAGAACUAUAUUACUUUUAAUGUUUCAAUAUAUUAAUGAAAAUAAAGAUAUUCGAUCGGCUCCAAUGGUUGAUCCGAAUAAAAAUGAUACUAAUUACAGUAUUAAUAAUUCAAAGGCGCCUAUCUCUUCAUCAACUACAAUAACCGAUGUAAUCAUAUAAGAAGGUAACUUAUACGAAAUUGGUUUUUUGUUGUGGUUCAUUUCGGCAAUCACAGUUCUCUUCAAAUGUACACUUACAGCCUUAAACUCUGUACAAAUAAAUUACUUUUUAAAGUUGAUUCAUUGUAUGAAUAUUAAUGAGCAGUUAUAUACAAAAAUGAAGAAAUGAAACUUUGAAGUAAUUUUUGAAGUACUUUGUUGAUCUUGGAAUAAGAAUUCAGUGUAGCUGUAAAAAUGAGGAUCUUGACACUUAUUUUGAAGCUGUCGACAAGUAUUGAAUGAAAUAACACAGGAAUAUCGGCUUAAUCUUUCAUUGACUUAUAAAAUCUUGAAGUAUCUAAGCAGUGAAUAAGGAAUGUAUGGAAACAGUAACACAUUUAAUGUUUACAUCUAGUUGAGAAUAUAUAUCCUCAUGAAUGCAUGCCACCACUUCAUUUUCUUGAGUACACUUUAAUGAAAUUUUCUUGUAUGAAGGCUUAAUGUCUAUUCAGACUACUACUUCAAGUUUUGGUGACUUCUUAUCAUGUCUCUUGAUGCUUAAUACUGACUGGAAUAUCACUCUUUCGACAACAGAUGUUUGUACAAGGCUGCUUUACAUGUAGAGUUGCAACAUUUACAACUACAAAGCUGCUAUGGGCAACGUUACCUCAUAAUCUUUUCCAUGUAAAUAUAUUGUAUUUAUCUCCUCAUACAUGGUUAGCCUACAAACAUAACCAUGUCUGAAUCAAGUAAACCACUGCAUACAUUUUAUUUAUCAUAUUCUUCACUGAAACAAAACAUUAGUUUCUGAUGUUCUAUCUGAAUGAAUUCGGUGCUUAUUGUAAUGAAUUCAAUUUUUAACAUUCUGUACAAAAAGCUAUUCAUUAUUAGUUGUUGAGUUAAUCGGUUAUCACUUGAAUAGUUGGCAAGUUGCUUUAUGUGGACAAGUUCCUUCACUGAUAACCAUUUUUUGCACCAAAUGAAAAGUAUUAAAGACCCUUAUUCCCUGGAAUUGACUGAUAUUCUAUUGUUCAUAUUGUGUU